AUGCAAAUCAACCAACUGCUCCAAAACUUGGAUUUUUAUGUCACUCCUGUGCUGAACAUCGAUGGCUACGUGUAUUCUUGGCUAAAUAAAAGUGUGAGUUCAAUAUACAGUAUAUCAUGUGUAACAGAUAAUAUAUAUAUACUAAAGUAUGUGGACACUCCUUCAAAUUAGUGGAUUCGGCUAUUUCAGCCACACCCGUUGCUGACAGGUGUAUAAAAUCGAGCACACAGCCAUGCAAUCUCCAUAGACAAACGUUGGCAGUAGAAUGGCCUUACUGAAGAGCUCAGUGACUUUCAACAUGGCACCGUCAUAGGAUGCCACCUUUCCAACAAGUCAGUUUGUCAAAUGUCUGCCCUGCUAGAGCUGCCCCGGUCAACUGUAAGUGCUGUUAUUGUGAAGUGGAAACGUCUAGGAACAACAACGGCUCAGCCACGAAGUGGUAGGCCACACAAGCUCACAGAACGGGACCGCCGAGUGCUGAAGUGCGUAGGGCGUAAAAUCUGUCUGUCCUCGGUUGCAACACUCACUACCGAGUUCCAAACUGCCUCGGGAAGCAACGUCAGCACAAGAACUGUUCGUCGGGAGCUUAAAAAAAUGGGUUUCCAUGGCCGAGCAGCCGCACACAAGCCUAAGAUCACCAUGCUCAAUGCCAAGCGUCGACUGGAGUGGUGUAAAGCUCGCCGCCAUUGGACUCUGGAGCAGUGGAAACGCGUUCUCUGGAGUGAUGAAUCAAGCUUCACCAUCUGGCAGUCCGACGGAAGAAUUUGGGUUUGGCGGAUGCCAGGAGAACGCUACCUGCCCUAAUGCAUAGUGCCAACUGUAAAGUUUGGUGGAAGUAUAAUGGUCUGGGGCUGUUUUUCAUCGUUUGGGCUAGGCCCCUUAGUUCCAGUGAAGGGAGAUAUUUUAUCGCUACAGCAUACAAUGACAUUCUAGCUGAUUCUGUGAACUUUGUGGCAACAGUUUGGGGAAGGCCGUUUCCUGUUUCAGCAUAACAAUGCCCCUGUGCACAAAGCGAGGUCCAUACAGAAAUGGUUUCUCGAGAUCAGUGUGGAAGAACUUGACUGGCCUGCACAGAGCCCUGACCUCAACCCCAUCGAACACCUUUGGGAUGAAUUGGAAAACCGACUAUGAGCCCGGCCUAAUCGCCUAACAUCAGUGCCUGACCUCACUAAUGCUCUUGUGGCUGAAUGGAAGCAAGUCCCCGCAGCAAUGUUCCAACAUCUAGUGGAAAGCCUUCCCAGAGGAGUGGAGGCUGUUAUAGCAGCAAAGGGUGGGGGGACCAACUCCAUAUUAAUGCCCAUGGAUUUUGGAAUGAGAUGUUCGACCAGCAGGUGUCCACAUACUUUUGGUCAUGUAGUGUAUCUCUAAUCACUACAAUACAUGGUGGGUUUAAAAUGAGUUUGGUGCCUAUAUUCGUGAAACGUCUGAGUACAGAUCUAGGAUCAGGCCCCCCCCCCCCCCCCCCCCCCCCCGUCCAUAGAUUAUAUACUCUUAUUCGUUAUGGUCUCAAAGGCAAAACUGAUCUUAGGCUGAGACUCAUUAUGAAUCCUGAAUUAUUAUUAUUAUUAUUAUAUAUAUUUUUUUAAUUAUUGACUGUUGAUCUCCAGACUCGGUUGUGGCGUAAAUCCCGGUCUCCUCCCCCAGAAGGCUGUAGCUGUUAUGGAGUCGAUCUCAACAGGAACUUCAACGUUAACUGGGGCAGUGAGUUAUAUAUGUUCUCCUACAUGUUGUUUCAACACAACUCCCACUUUGGGAAACGACGCUUGCAUCUAAUCCUCUGAUAAGGUAUUCUGAAAAUGCAUCGGAUUAUACUGUGAUGUAAUAAUAUUCUCUCUUGACAGACUGUUACCAUUACAUAACAGUUGCCGACCGGAAACACAAGUUCAGAGAUUACUGUUAUUCAUAACACAGAGUCCAUGCAUGUCCACCUCUUUUUCUCCUAGUGAUUGGGGUAUCGUUUGACUGCUGCCAUGACAACUACUGUGGCACUGGGGCUGUCUCUCAGAUGGAGUCCCAGGCAGUGACAGAGUUUGUAGGGAGCAGGACAGAUGAGAUCCUCUGUUACCUGACCAUCCACUCCUCUGGACAACUAAUACUGCUGCCCUACGGACACCCACAGACACAGGCCACCCACAGACACAGGCCACCCACAGACACAGGCCACCCACAGAUACAGGCCACCCACAGAUACAGACCACCACUAUGACGAACUGGUGAGGGGUAGGGGCGUGUCUCUGUUUUUUCCUGGUCCUCUGUAGCUCAGCUGGUAGAGCACGGCGCUUGUAACGCCAAGGUAGUGGGUUCGAUCCCCGGGACCACCCAUACACAAAAAUGUAUGCACGCAUGACUGUAAGUCGCUUUGGAUAAAAGCGUCUGCUAAAUGGCAUAUUUUAUUAUUAUUAUUAUUUCCUGGAUUCCUACAUCGUGUCUCAGAUGUCCCAGGUUUUUAAGCAAUUUAAUAGGAAUCUCUUUUCAUGUAGGUGAAAGUGGGUAAAGCUGCAGCAGAGCUCACGAAGUCAGUUCAUGGGAUGAACUACAGGGUGGGAACCUCGCCUCAAGUCCUGUGUAAGUCAGCCCCACCUAACAGCAUACUGUAUCAUACCCUCUUAAAGCUAACUUCACUCUCUCAUUACCCUAUAAGUCAAUGUAAAAAAUAUAUAUAUAUUGACCUGGCCAGAUCAGCAUGCAGAUUAGCCUUCCCUCUCCUUUUCAGAUCCUAACUCUGGCUCUUCCAGAGACUGGGCUCAUCUCAUUGGGAUCCCGUUCUCCUACACCUUUGAGCUGAGAGACAAGGGUCAGUUUGGACACCUGCUGCCAGAGUACCAGAUCCAGCCGGCGUGUGAAGAGGCCUUUGUGGGAGCACUCUCCAUCAUCACAUACGUCCAUGAUAAGACCUUUUAUUAAAGGGACACUGUCUAGCUCUGCUACUGAUACCAUGGUCCUCUGAAACACAGUGCUAGUGUCCUGGCUCACUGCUGGCUUCAUUGUGUAGCUCAUGGCUCUUCAACAGUUAGUCUUCUCCAUUCCUCGUGUCCUCUCCUCAGAUCCUUCUCAAAAUAGUCUGAGGUUCUCUUCUUCUAAUCUGUUUCGAGAAGGAGGCUAAGACAUAAGGAAUCGUGAAGAGACUAAUUGAGGAUGAUCCCUGGAGACCGGCCUCUCACCUUUCAUCAUCCAGAAUGAAGCCGUUAAAAUCGAAAUAAUGUACAAUACCUCAGUUUAGCAGCCAGGGGGCAGUGUUGCUCCACACGGCACACCAGAUGUCCUGUCCUUCAUUGGACAUCAAACUGUAACACUGGUUUAUUUGUGUUGGAGAGGCAACAACAUGAGAUAUAUUUCUGUGUUUAAUGUUUCCAUAAAUGCCAAACGGAUUAAGUAAAUAAAGAGUGGAAGAACAUUUCUGUUUUAUUUCAGGGGUUUUCUUUCUUCUCCUUUGUUAUUAACUCAGUUGGUUGGAAGUCAUUCAGAGAUCAGUCAGUCAUUCAGAGAUCAGUCAGUCAGUCAUUCAGAGACCAGUCAUCAGAGAUCAGUCAGUCCGUCAGUCAGUCAUUUCAGAGAUUAGUCAGUCAGUCAGAGAUCAGUCAGAUCAGUCAUUCAGAGAUCAGUCAGUCAGUAAUUCAGAGAUAAUUCAUUCAGAGAUCAGUCAGUCAGUCAUUCAGAGAUUAGUCAGUCAUUCAGAGAUCAGUCAGUCAGUCAUUCAGAGAUCAUUCAUUCAGAGAUCAGUCAGUUAGUCAUUCAGAGAUUAGUCAGUCAUUCAGAGAUUAGUCAGUCAUUCAGAGAUCAGUCAGUCAUUCAGAGAUCCUUCCAGUCAGUCAGUCAUUCAGAGAUCAGUCAGUCAGUCAUUGAGAUCAGUCAGUCAUUCAGAGAUCAGUCAGUCAGUCAGUUAUUCCGAGAGUCAGUCAUUCAGACAUCAGUCAGUCAAUUAUUCAGAGAUCAGUCAGUCAUUCAGAGAUCAGUCCAGUCUGUCAGUCAGUCAUUCAGAGACCAGUCAGUCAGUCAGUCAGAGACAGUCAGUCAGUCAUUCAGAGACCAGCCAGUCAUUCAGAGAUCAGCAGUCAGUUUUCAGAGAUCAGUCAUUCGAGAUCAGUCAGUCAGUUAUUCAGAGAUCAGUCAGUCAUUCAGAGAUCAGUCAUUCGAGAUCAGUCAGUCAGAUUCAGAGAUCAGUCAGUCAUUCAGAGAUCAGUCAGUCAGUCAGUCAGUCUUCAGAGACCAGUCAGUCAGUCAUUCAGAGACCAGUCAGUCAGUCAGUCAGUCAGAGACAGUCUGUCAGUCAUUCAGAGAUCAGUCAGUCAGUCAGUCAGAGAUCAGUCGUCAGUCAGUCAGAGUCAGUCUCAGUCAGUCAGAGAUCAGUCAGUCGUCAGUCAGAGAUCAGUCGUCAGUCAUUCAGAGAUCAGCAGUCAGUCAGUCAUUCAGAGACCAGUCAGUCAGUCAGAGAUCAGUCCUGACCUCACUAAUGCCUCGUGUGGCUGAAGGGAAGCAAGUCCCCGCGUCAAUGUUCCACAUCUAGUGGAAAGCCUCCCAUCUGAAGUGGAAGGCUGGUUAUAGGAGCAGCAAGGGUGGUGGAACCAACUCCAGAGUCAAUGCCCUGGAUUUUGGGAAUGAGAUGUUUCCGACCAUCAGGUGUCACAACUUUUGGUCAUGUAGUGGUAUCUCUAUCCACAUAAUACAUGGGGGGUUUAAAAUGAGUUUUGGUGCUAUUAUUCGUGAAACGUCUGAGUUCAUGAUCUAGGAUCAGGCCCCCCCCCCCCCCACCCCCCGUCCAUAGAUUAUAUACUCUUAUUCGUUUGGUCUCAAAGGCAAAAAACUGACUUAGGCUGAGACCAUUAUAUCCCUGAAAAUUAUCUAUAUGAUUAUUAUUUAUUUUUUUAAUAUUGACUGUUGAUCUCCAUCCUCGGUUUUUUGGCGUAAUCCCGUUCCCUCCUCCCCCAGAAGCUGUAGCUGUUUAUGGGUCCGAUCUCAACAGGAACUUCACGUUAACUGUCAGUGGAGUUUAUAUGUUCUGCCUACAUGUUGUUUCAAACAACUCCCCCUUUGUGAAACGGACGCUUGCAUCUAUCCUCUGAUACGGUAUUUCUGAAAAAUCAUCGGAUUAUAAACUGUGAUGUAAUAAUAUUCUCUCUUGACAGACUGGUUACCUACCAUUACGAUCACAUUGCCUAAACCACCGGAAACACAAGUUCAUAGAUUACUGUUAUUCAUAACACAGAUCCAUGCAUGUCCACCUCUUUUUCUCCUAGUGAUUGGUAUCGUUGACUGCUGCCAUGACAACUACUGGUGGCACUGGGGCUGUCUCUCAGAUGAUUCCCAGGCAGUGGAAGUUUGUAGGAGCAGGCAGAUGAGAUACCUGUUUACCCUAACCACCUGAACCAUCACUCCUCUGGACAACUAAUACGGCUGCCCUACGGACCCCACAUACCAGGCCCACCCACAGACACAGGCCACCCACAUACACAGGCCACCCCACAGAAUACAGGCCACCCACAUAUAUCAGAAGCCCACCAACUAUGACGAACUAGGUGAGGUAGGGGCGUGUCUCUGUUUUUUUUUUUUUCCUGUUCCCUCUGUAGCUCGCUUGGUAGAGUCACAAAACGGCGCUGUACCGCCAAGGUUAGUGGGUCGAUCCCUGGACCACCCCUCCACAAAAUGUAUGCACGCAUGCUGUAAGUCGCUUGGAUAAAAGCUGUGCUGCUAAAUGGCAUAUUUUUUAUUAUUAUUAUUUCCUUGAUUCCUAGCAUCGUGUCUCAGAUUUCCCAGGUUUUUUAAGCAAUUUAAUUAGGAAUCUCCUUUUCAUGUAGGUGCAGUGGGUAAGCGCAGCAGAGCCACGAAGUCAGUUCUGGGAUAACUACAGGGUGGGAAACGCACCUCGCCCUCAAUUCCUGUGUAACUUCAGCCCCACCUAACAGCAUACUGUAUCCUAACCCUCUUAAAGCUAACUUCACUCUCUCAUUAGCCCUAUACGUCAAUGUAAAAAAUAUAUAUAUAUUGACCUGUGCCAGAUCACAUGCGAUUAGCUUCCCUCUCCUUUUCAGAUGCCCGAACUUCUGGCUCUUCCAGAGACUGGCUCACUCAUUGGAUCCCGUUCUCCUACACACCUUUAGCUGAGAGACAAGGGUCCUUUGGACCCUGCUGCCAGAGUAACCAGAUCCGCCGGGGCGUGGUGAAGAGGCCUUUGUGGGAGCACUCUCCAUCAUCACAUACGUCCAUGAUUAAGACCUUUUAUUAAAGGGAACACUGUCUAGCCUCUGCUACUUAUACCAUGGUCCUCUGAAACACAGUGCUAGUUGUCCUGGCUCACUGCUGGCUGCUUGUGUAGCUCAUGGCUCUUCAACAGUUAGUCUCUCCAUUCCUCGUGUCCUCACAUCCUCAUAUCCUUCUCAAAAUAGUCCUGAGGUUCUACUUCUAUCUUCUAAUCUGUUUCGAGAAGAGGUCUAAGACAUAAGGAAAUCGUGAAGAGACUAUUGGGAAAUGAUCCCUGGAGUGACCCGGCCUCUCACCUUUCAAUCCAUCAAAGAAUGAAGCCGUAAAUCGAAUAUGUACAAUACCUCAUUUAUCAGCCCAGGGUCAUGUUGCCCCACACGGCACCAGAUGUCCUGUCCUUUCAUUGGACAUCAAACUGUAACACUGGUUUAUUUGUGUUGGAGAUGCAACAACAUGAGAUUAUAUUUCUUGUUUAAUGUUUCCAUAAUUCCAAAACGGAUUAAGUAAUAAAGGAUUUGAUAAACAUUUCUGUUUUUUCAGGGGUUUCUUUUCUUCUCCUUUGUUAUUAUACUCAGUUGGUUGGAAAGUCAUUCAGAGAUCAGCAAUCAGUCAUUCAGAGACAGUCAGUCAUCAUUCAGAGACCAGUCAUUCAAGAUCCGUCAGUCCGUCAGUCAGUCAUUCAGAGAUUAGUCAGUCAGUCAGAGAUCAGUCAGAUCAUUCAUUCCAGGAGAUCAGUCAGUCAGUAAUUCAGAGACAUAAUUCCAUUCAUAGAAAUCAGUCAGCAGUCAUUCAAGGAUUAGUCGUCAUUCAGAGAUCAGUCAGUCAGUCAUUCAGAAUCAUUCAUUCGAGAUCAGUCAUUUAGUUCCUUUCAGAGAUUAGUCAGAGUCCAUUCAGAGAUUAGUCAUCAUUUCAGGAUCAGUCAUUCAUUCAGAGAUUCCAUUCAGUCAUUCAGUCAUUCGAGAUCAGUCAGUCAGUCAUUGAGAUCAGUCAGAUCCAUUCAAGAUCAUUCAGUCAGUCAGUUAUUCCGAGAUCAUCAUUCAGACAUCUCAGUCAUUAUUCAGAGAUCAGUCAUGUCAUUCCGAGAUCAUUCAGUCCUUUCAGUCGUUCAUUCAGAGACCAGUCAGUCAUUCAGUCAAGACCCGUCAGUAGUCAUUCAGAGACCAGCCCCGGUCCAUUAUAAUCAGUCGUCAGUUAUUCAAGAUCAGUUCCAUUCUAGAUCAGUCGUCAGUUAAUUCAGAGAUCAGUCCCAGUCAUUCAAGAGAUCAAGUUCCAUUCGAGAUCAGUCAGUCAGUUAUCAGAGAUCCGUCAGUCAUUCAGAGUCAUCAGUCAUCAGUCAGUCUUCAGAGACCAUUCAGUCAGGUCUUCAGAGACCAUCAUGUCGUCAGUCAGUCAGAGUACAGUCUGUCAGUCAUUCAGAGAUCAGUCAGUCAGUCAGUCAGAGAUCAGUCGUCAGUCAGUCGAGUCAUCAUUCAGUCAGUCAGAGAAUCAGUCAGUCCUUCAGUCAGAGAUCAGUCAGUUCCGUCAUUCAGAGAUACAGUCAGUCAGUCAGUCAUUCAGAGACCAGUAGUCAUUCAGUCAGAGAUCAUCAUCAGCAUUCAGGAGAUCAGUCAGUCAAGAUCAGUCCAGUCGUCAGAGAUCAAGUCAGUUCAGUCAUCAGUCUGGAUGUGGUUACUUAUCUCUGGUACUGCUGCUGAAAUGUGUUUCUGGUUGUGUUUCAGCCCUGUGCUCCGGGCCCAGUCAAUUCUGCUGGAUCAGCCACACCCAACUUCUCCUGAUACCUUUAUAUCUACAACCAUCCACAUCUUAACCCUUUAGUAAAGACGCUUGAUUACAUUAAGCCACCGCUUUAGAGGGGGAAUUUGAUAAUGGUUCCGACCUUCAAUGGUAAUGCUCAUUCUCUUUCAGUGGGACUGGGUGAAACUCAACUGGGUCUCUGUAGUAAGGAGUUAUUGGAAUUGUGGCUAUUUUUCCCUGGUCCUUUUUUUCCAAGCCAAGUCAAAUGUGGAAUUACAUCAUCUGUAAGAUCUGUGAACUGUGGUGAUUUCAUUUGCCAAUGACAAGUGACCAUAACCAGAACAUAUUAAGUUUCUUCUCAUGGAAUGAAGAUCUAGAGAUACCUUCGUCUCUGAGUCACUAUCCAUAGUAUUUGAUUAUGAAGCACGAUGAGCAGUGGAAUAUCCCAGUGGCAAACCCCCGUCAUUCAAUUUUUUUGUUUGUUUUUUUUUGCCUGUUUUGCAUGUGAUUUUGGCAUUAAUACGUGGCCACGUACAGUUUAAGACACUAUAUUUGGUGUGUCCUUUAUUUUGGCGGUUACCUGUAAUUAGACAUGCUGCUACUCUAACGUUAUUGAUAGCCUGAAAAUGCUUCUUCUUGUGGGCUAAUCAUCCCUAGCUAGGCCCAUCUCCCGGCUAUCUACCGCUCUGUCAACCGGACGGGACCACACCUAUUUGACAUACGGAGCCCCGCCCGAUCCUACAACACUGGUCUGCUGCCGACGAAAUCGUCUGAUUGGUUACACGUUCACCACGAGAUUCCAUCUGCUAUCCCCGGCCCGCUAGCACCGCUAGCCGUGCCUCUUACUUACCUCGCUAGUCUUUUACCACCCGGACCUUAUGAUACUCAGCGAUACUCCCUGAUGGUUCCUGCUGGACUGUUGACCUUUUUACGGUACUACAUCCUGUUUAUGUUAGCCUCAGCCCAAACAUGGUUAGUUAUGUUGUUUCGGUUAUUUCUAAUUGUAAACUAUUUCACGUAACACCCCAGCCUAGCUAACCUGCCUUACGAUAGCUCCAUUUGUCCCACCCCUAUACCGCAUAGACCGACCAAUUGUGCCUCCAGCGAUGCUUAUCCUCUUUCAUUGUUCCCAACGCUUGGUUACCUCCACUUUACUCAUAUCCUUCCGAUCCUGUCUGUACAUAUGUGCCCAUGCCCUGAAUCUUUUCUAUCACACCCGGAAAUCUGCCCCUUUAUUCUAUGUACCCAACGCACUAGAAGACCAUUCUUAAAGCCUUUAGCCGUAGCCUUAUUCUAGUCCUCCUCUGUUCCUCUGGUGAUGUAAGGCUAACCCAGGCCCUGCAGCCCUCAGUAUCACUCCUACUCCACCAGGGCCCGCCUAUCAUUUGCUGACUUCUGUAAUCGCAAAAGUCCCUUGGUUUCUGUCUUGCACCUAAACUAUCAAAGUCUACUUCCUAAGUUUUGAGUUAUUCACUGCGUUAGCACACGCUGGGCCAACCCUGAUGUUCUAGCAGUGUCUUAAUCCUGGCUCAGGAAGGCCAUCCAAAAAUUCUGAAAUUUCCAGCCCCAACUAUAACAUUUUUCCGUCUAGAUAGAACUGCCACAAGGGGGUGGAUUUGUAAUCUACUGUAGAGAUUAGGCCCUGCAGAGCUCUAUCAAUACUAUCCAUCUGUGCCCAACAUUUUGAGCUUCUACUUCUAAAAAUAUCCACCUUAUUCCAGAAAUAAGUCCUCAAUGUUGCCGCCGAUUGCUACAGACCCCCCUUCAUCCCCACUGUGCCCUGGGACACCAUAUGUGAAUUGAUUGCCCGCCCCCCAUUUAUCCCCAGAGUUUUGUACUGCUGGGUGACCUAAAUUGGGAUAUGCUUAAUACCCCGCCAUCCUACAUCCAAGCUAUAGGCCCUCAACCUCACGCAAAGUAUCAACGAACCUACCAGGUACAACAACCCUAAUCCGUAAACAUGGGUCCCCUCAUAGAUAUCAUCCUGACUAACAUACCCGCUAAUACACCUCAGCUGUCCUUCAACCAGAUCUCGCGAUCCUGCCUUAUGCGCUGCCUUCCGUAACGGUCCCGCGGUCAACGACCCACCCCUCAUCACUGUCACAAACGCUCCUAAACACUUUAUCGAGCAGGGCCUUCUAUUGACCUGGCCCAGGUAUCCUGGAUGGAUAUGAUCUCAUUCCGUCGUAGAGGAUGCCUGGUUGUUCCUUAAACAGUAUUUCCUCUCAAUCUUCAAUAACCUGCCCCUUCAAAAAAUACGAACUAAGAACCGAUAUAGCCCCGGCCCCCUGGUUUCUCCUCAGACUUUGACUGCCCUGAACAAGCACAAAAACAUCUGUGGCGUACAGCAUAGCUCAAAUAGCCCCCCGCGAUAUGCACCUUUUCAGGAAGUUAGAACCAUAUACACAAGCAGUUGGAAGCAAGGCUAACUUUUUCAAACAGAAAUUUGCAAUCCGUAGCCUAACUCCAAAAGUUUUGGCACUGUAAAGUCAUGGAGAUAAGAGCACUUCCUCCAGCUGCCCACUGCACUGAGGCUAGAAACACUAUCACACGAUACAAUCUACAAUAAUCGAGAAUUCACAAGCCAUUUUGCUACAGCUGGCAUUUUUCCAUCUGGCUACCACUACCCCGCCACCAACUCGCACCCUCUGGCUGCCACUUGCCCAUGCCCCCCCCCCCAGCUUCUCCUUCACCCACAUUCAGACAGCUGAUGUUUUGAAAAGCGCUGCAAAAUCUGGACCCCUACAAAUCUCGGGCUAGACAUCUGGACCCUUGCUUUCUAAAACUCACUAUCCGCCGAAUUGUCGCAACCCCUAUUACUAGUCUGUUCAACCUCUCUUUCAUACGUCUAGAUCCCCAGAUUGUCACGGUUUUCGGCCGAGGCUGCUCCUCCUCCGUGUUCGGUCGGUCAGGCUUCGUCGUUCGCCGUCCCCGGAAGUAUUAGCUGCCACCGCUCUAUUUUUUUUCUGUGUUUUGAUUGCUUUUGUCUGUCUGUCACACCCUGUGUCUGUUUGAGUUUUGAUUAUUGUCUUUAUAGUUUCCUUGUUUUGCUCUAUGGUACUUGUGGUUGUUAUUUUUUUCCGUUGCCUCUUGUUGUUUUAUACGUGUUUGUUUUUCCGUAUCCUUUUUCUCAUGUUUUAGUGUUUUACGCGUGUGCCUUAUUUCCCUCGCCUAUUCGGUUCUUCGGUUCGGGGUGUACACUCUUUGCUUUGAACUUUAAAAGUCUUGUUGGACUAAACUUCUGCUUCUCUUCGCGUGAGACUCCUCCACCACAUCCCGCCGGUUUUUUAUGACAGAACAACACACCAUUCUGGAGUCAGCAGGGAUCAGCGACGGCAAACCCAAUCCCUGCUGACCGGAUCAAUUUUCCAGGCAUUUCCAGACGCCAUGAUCCAGCAACCUCGGGACCUCAAGGGACGAGUUUCCAACGCCCUGCUCCGAUUGGUGAAUCUGAUGUGGCCAGGACCCUUACAACUGCGUCGCCUCACCACAUCCGUCCUCCUCUUCUUCAGUACCGGAACCCAUGGCAUUCCGGCUCUCACUCCCCGAGGGCAUAAUGACGGUCUGCUGCAGCCGGGUGUCAGGGAUUCCUCCGGCAGGUAAACUGUACCUUGCCCACUAUACCCCCGGCGCCCUCGGUAUACGAGAGCGUCUCGCCCUCACUCCUGUCUCUUCCGUCAGGCGUUGGCAUGGGCAACGCCGAUGGAGGGGAAUGCGCCGCUACCGCCAAUCACCUACUCGGAUUCUCCCGCCGCUUCAGGCUGUCCUUCGAUCAUCCCCCUGAGGGGAAAGCGGCGGGAGAGCGUCUAUUCCACCUCCGAACAGGGGAAGAGGAGCGCACAGGAAAGUUCGCACUGGCGUCCAUCGGACACUAGCGGCGGAUCGGGGUGGAAUAGAGGGACCCUCAUCGACCAGUAACCGCUGUAGUCUAUACAGAGACGUCGUGGAGCUGGCCUGCCAUGGACACCAACCUGUCCGUUUUGACCAGUUGGUGGCGUUUCCAUCCGUCUGGAUCCCUGCUGCUACCCUUGACGUCCCGAGUGGGGUCUCCAUUCCACCCUCUCCAGCACCCCCGAGCCGAUUCCCAUGGGAUCUAGGGGUGGCUGGCGCUAGAUAGAGGAUGAGAGGGAACCCGAGGGGGGCCAUCCUCCACUGCACACCACCUGCGGUUCGUGGAGGACACACUGCGGCCAGGUUCUGGGGGGUCCUCCUGGAAGGUUACAACAGGCCACGCACUGGGAGCAUUUUCAGGUGAGUAGGCGCCCCCUUCACCCAGAGCUCUCUGUUGGUCACAUAUUAUCCUGUGAGGUUUCCACAGGUGGCACCUCAAUUCCCAGCAUAAGGCGCUAGUCGAUUCACAGGGCGCAGCUGGGAACUUUAUUGAUCGAGCAUUUUGCGCUAGGUUAGGAUUCCCCUUCGGGCCGGUAGAAGUUCAUUCCCUGUCCACGCAUUGACAGCCGCCGUUGGGUCGGGUUCUGAUCAGGGAUGUCACCCAGCACCACUGACUAUGACGACGCAGGGGGUCAUGAGGAAAUCAUCAGUCUAUCUGAUUGACUCUCCUGCCGUACCCAGUGGUGUGGGCCUUCCUGGUUAAGUACCCAUAUCCUACAUAGCGUGGCAACAGAGGGCUCUAUGGAGUGUCUGCCCGUGUGUAUGGAGAUGUCUAGGUGUUUCCAUAGGGGCGACUCGUUAGAGAGUCGCAAACCAAGGCCCGCACUGCGCAUAUCCCCCGAGUAAUGAUGCUUUUAUCACUCGUGUUUUAGCAAAAUCGAUGGCAGCACGGCUACCUUCCCUCCUCAGAGACAGGGGACUGUGCAUAAAUUCCGACCGGAGCGGCUCUUUCCCCGUAGUCAUUUGUAUCCCCUGUCUCAAGAGGAAACUGCGGCUAUGGAACCUAACAACAUAGCCGAUCCUGCACAGGGAUACUAGGUUUCUCUACUUCCUCCACUUUUCUCUCUACUUCCCCAGUCCCUCGAGUUUCUUCUUUGUGAAAAAAAGGACGGGGGGAUUGCGCCCGUUUAUUGAUUAUCGUAGUCUCAAUCAGAUCACAGUUACAUACAGCUCCCACUUCCACUGAUUGCGACGAUGACGGAGUCAUUACGCGGAUCGUCGUUCUUCACAAGUGGAUCUCAGGACGCGUACAUCUGGUGGCGCCUUAAGGGAGGGGGAUUAAUGGAAGACAGCAUUUAGCACCACCUCUGGUCAUUACGGUAUCGUCGUCAUGCCAUAUCACGGUUUAAUGAAUGCUCCUUCAUUCCUUCCAAGCCUUUGUUGACGAGAUUUUCCCGGGACAAAUCUGGGCAGGGAGUAGUAGUGGUCAUAGACGACAUCCUUGGUGGGUGGACUCUGCUAUCUCGAGCCGAGCAUGUAGCCCAGGUACGCCGAUGUUGAGCACUGUUGGAGCAUGACUUGUAUUUCAUGCAGAGAAAUCCUUUCUUCCGGAGUUCCGUCUCCUUUUUGGUAUCGUUGUGUCCGCGUCUGGUGUGGAGAUGAGGGUAGACCGGGUAUCGGCCUCGUGCCGUAAUUAUUGGCAACUCCAACCACUGUAAAAGAGGUGCAAACAGUGCUUGGGUUUUGCCUACUUACUACCGGAGCGGUUUUAAUUCGGGGUUUUGGACAGGUUUCAGCUCCCAUUAACGUCCCUGCUAAAGGGGGUCCGUUCUCUGCCGUGGUAUGCUGAGGCGGACAGGCAUUUGUCAACUUAGACCCGUUUCACCUCGACUCCUGUGCUGGCGCAUCCGGAGCCCUCUUUACCAUUCCGGUUGAGGUCGAACGCGUCCGAGACUGUAUUGGGGCAGUUUCUAUCCAAACGGUCGGUCACGCCACCUAAACUCCGCCCCUGUGCGUUCUACUCUAUGAGCUCGUGCGGCUGAGAGUAACUAUGAAUUCGGGGACAGGGAGCUGUUAGCCGUAGUCCAGCCCUAAGGUGUGGAGUCAUUGGCUUGAGGGGGCUCAACACCCUUUCCGCAUUCUGACGGAUCAACCGUAACCUGGAGUACUCCGGGCAGCUAUGAGAUUUGAACCCUCGCCGUCUAAGGUGGAACAUGUUUUCCUAAACCCACCCACCCGCCCCCCCCACCCACCCCCCUUCCUAGACCGAACCACGCCGAUCCCGAGGAGAAAAAGCCGUUUUUCCUAAGCCCGACCCCCCCACGCACAAGACCCAGGCAACCCGAAUCCCUGCGUGGGCCGCCCCAUUACCCAUGGGCUGCCGAGGAGGAAGCCACACUGGCCGCUUGCCGGCUCCACGGCAAAGCUAGCAGCCGCGGCACAGCAUCGGCCGGAUUACACGACCCGAGAUCCCGUUCGCGGUUCCCUCACGGCGCAGUAGGCACGGCCUUAGGCCCUGACUGGAUGACCUUCUGCAACACCGUGGUUCCCGUCCCCGAGACGAGGGUAGACCUCAGGGGGGUGGGGGAGGAGGAGGGCAAUGGG